AUGGCUCAACCAAAGAAAAAAAUGUAUUGUAGACAAUAUAAUAUCAAAUUUUUGAAAUAUGGCUUUAUUGAGUCACCUGUAAACAAUACAUUACCAAUGUGCCUCAUUUGCCAGAAAGUUUUAUCAAACGAAGCUAUGAAGCCUUCCAGACGACAAGAACGUUUGACUAAAAUUCAUGGUGAUAAAGAAGAUAAGGAUUUAUCUUAUUUUCAAACACUAAAAGAAAAAUUUAUCAAAAAACCAACAUUGGCAAAACUUUUUUCAAGCGCAACCACACAAGAUGGCGAUGGCUUGUUGCUUGCUUCUUACAAUAUUUCAUUAAUGAUUGCCAAAUCGGGAAAACCUCAUACUACUGAUGAAGAACCAAUUAUACCGGCUAUAAGUGAAGUAAUACAUACUGUGCUACACAAGCCAGCAUCUGAUAUUAUCAAGAAAAUUUCGUUGAGCAAUAAUACAGUGCAAAGAAGACUUGAUGACAUGGCUCGAGAUGUUGAAGAUUCAUUGUGUGGAUAUUUAAAAACAUCUCAGUUUUCUAUUCAACUUGAUGAGUCAACUUUGCCAGGAAAUGAAGCUUUACUUUUAGCAUACAUGCGAUUCACAAAGGAGGAACAAAUUUGCCAAGAAUUCUUAUUUGCAAAAUAUUCAACUGAUACUAAAGGAGAAUCAAUAUUUCGUGCAUUGGAUGAGUUUUUUAAAGAAAAAGAAAUACCUCUGAGUAAUAUCUUAUCAGUAGCCACAGAGGGUGCUCCAGCAAUGGUAGGGCGCUACAGAGGUUUCUUGCAUAUUCACCGUACACUGUAUCAGCCGUCAUCAACAUCUAGUUGCCAAAAAUUUAAGUGCACGCCUACAUAA